AUGGCGCACGAGUGCAUUUUGAACUACCGCACGAAACGCCUUUGGCAGGACGAGUGGGGGCAAGAAGGCUCCCCCCCCCCCCGGGCCCCUGGGCGGAAGCGCUGUCGGGAGGGCGGGCGACCUCAGAGCCGGCUACACGCAGAAGGGACGGGGUGGCAGGGCAACCCGGUCCCGGCCGUGGCCACGCUGCGCGCCGGCGGCCGCACCUUCCGCCUGGACCGCGGCGCGCUGGAGGCCAGCUUCCCGCAGCUGCAGCGCUACCGGUGCCGCGAGCUGGCGGCGCGCCCCGGGCCCCCGGCGGCGGGCGGGCGGCGGGCGGCGCUGCGGCGCACGUGGGCGCGGGCGCGGGCGCUGGGCGGCUUCGCGCUGCAGCCGCUCUUCCUGCUGGCGCGGCGCGAGGAGCGCGCCUUCGCCGACAUCCUGAUGUGGGACUUCGCCGAGUCGCAACACAACCUCUCGCUCAAGGAGCGCUGCUUCCUGCGCUGGCUGCACGAGCGCUGCCCGUGCGCCGACUUCGUCUUCAAGGGGGACGACAACCUCUUCGUGAACGUGAAGGCCCUGACCGAGUACCUCAACCAGACGCCCAACGCCUCCAGCUUCAUCCACGGCAACAUCCAGCACCACUCCGCCGUCAUGCGGCACGGCAAGUACGCCGUGUCUCACGCCGUCUACCCGAUGGGCCAGUACCCCGACUUCGCCUCCGGAGGGGGGUUCAUCAUGCCCCAGCCGGCCCUGGCCCCGCUCUACAACGCCUCCCUGUGGCUGCCCGUCUUCCCCCUGGACGACGUCUACCUGGGCUUCCUGACGCUGGCCGCGGGGCUGGCGCACCGGCACGACGAGCGCUUCCGCGUGUGGGGCCUGAGAAGGGACGAGCUGCAGGCCUACCGGGAGGCCCUGACGGUGCACGGGGUCUCGCCGGAGCGGAUGGAGCAGGUGUGGAAGGAGCUCUAGCGCCUCCUCGGAGGGCAGCCCGAGCAGCGGGGCCUGUGCUGGCCGGGGGAGCCUGGCCCCGUGUGCCUGGCCUUGCGGCCUCGUGCCGGGCCGUCCCUGGAGGGGGCCCUGUGCGGGGGCCCGCACCUGGCUUCGAGCGAAGAGCCCAGCAGCGGGGGCUCGAAGCCGCUCCCGGCCGGCGAGCCAAGCAGGAGCAGGCCCGGCCCCCACGAGGGCACGCGCCUCUUCCGAAACAGGGCCGUUUCCGCCGUUGCCCGAGCACCUGCAGAGGCUGGGCAGGCCUGCGCCUUUCGCCCUCUCUCCGUGCCGCGUGCGCAGCUGCCCUGGGCCGGAUCCUCGGCGGGCCUUCCCUGCGCAGAGAGUGAGGGUGGGUGGCAGAGCAGCCCCCCGCCCCACCAGAGACAUCCUGCCUGCGCCGACCGGACAGAAGAGAGCUGCGGCACGGCGCUUGCCCCGGCGAGAUGUGCCGCUUGCUUGAAGCCGCGGGCGGCGCUGGGGCGGGUCGGCCAAAGCCCCGCUCCUCCGGCCGGCCCGAGGGGAAGCUGCGAGCCAGACAAGAGCCCGGCGGCACGUCCUCACUCGCCGUGUCCCCCGCGUCCGGCUGAUUCCCCUCCACUUCUGCUGCUGCUUCCAGAGAGGAUGUGGCCUCCCUCCGUGCUGGCGGCCGAGGCAAGGCCACUCCGCGCACGUCCGUCCGUCCUCUGCCGAGUCUCGCCCGGAAAGGUCUCCCCCGCCGCCUGCCUGUGGAACUGCGGGGAGGGCAGGCACCUUCAAAGGCCCCGCAGCCGUUUUCCCGGCCUGAGGCUUUGCAGGCAUGGGAAACGCGACGUGAAAGAGGCGGCGGCUUCUGGCAUUUUCAUCAGCCCAGAAUUCUGCUCUGGAAGGGCUGCUUGCUCAGCAAAGCUGCCUGGGCUCCGCAGAGCACGGCUUGCUGAAGGGCCGCGCGAGUCGGGCCACUGCUCCCUCGUUUUGCGGGCUGCACUGCCGCCUCCCAGCAAGGGGCUCGGGCAGCAGGAAUGGGCCCCUCGCCCGGGUUCUGGUCCCUGCUCAGCCACGGAGCCGACUGGGCGACUCUGGGCCAGUCUCAGCCUCUCACAGGUCGCUGUUGUGUGGAGAAGACCGAGAGCGGCGGAGGAGGAGGACUUAAGCUGUCCUGAGUUAAGUAAAAGGUGGGAUAUAAAUCCCAUAAGGAGAGGGUCGGACUGGCGGACCCCAACCAGCCUUCCCGCUGCAGGGAAGGGCACGGACCUCGGGCACGGGAGCGUCUCUGCGGCUGAGCGGGCGCCACAGUUUUCUUGUCUUCCUUGCGUUAAUGCGCAUUGUGCUCCUAGUGCGCCUCAGGGUGACCCACCUCGAGCGCAUCGUUUGGUGGGAAGGCAGGCUGUCAACCGAUCAGUAAACUAACAAUCGAGCUGUC